ACUUUUGCUCCAAAUCUUGGCAUUCAACAAAUAUCUCUUUGGUUUACGCCUCUUCUCUCUGUGAUUCAUAUGGGCAGGUCUUCAAGUGACCUUCACCACUGUUUCCCAUAUCCCAAUCCUUCUUAAAUCUUCGUUUCAUUCUUCACUUUCAAUCUUCUUUCAAAUCCCCUCUUCAGAUCAUUCCUUAUGCCUCUGUAAUUUCCCCUUCUUUUCGCUCUAAUCCUCAAUCCAUGAACACCCACAUGGAAUUUUCUCUGUUCUUGUGAACUUCUUUUCGUUCUUCAACAGAUUCACUGUAAUGGGUCCGUUUCAGUGAUUCGUAUGGCCUUCGUUUCUUAUCAGUUGCAAUCUGUUGCAUGAUUUUUCUUUCUUGGAGUGCUUAAAGAGGAUGGGUAGAGGUCGGGGAAAGGGGAGGAAGUUUACCGUGACGAAUCACGAUGAUGCUGGAAGCGGUGAGGAAGAGAAGAUCCCUGCACAAAAGCGAAGGGGAAGGCCACAGAAGCCAUUGAAGGACGAGAUUGACGAGGAGGAAACCGAAAAGAUAGAAGACGACGACAGCGAGAACGUGAAAGGCUGUGACAUUGUGAGCAAGGAGAUGAAAAGCCCACCUGCAGCAGAGAAUGGGAAAAGAAGGAGAAGAAGCUCACAAGUGAAAGAAAAGCUCGAUCCAGUCAAAGAUGAAAAUGGGGACGGAACACGGUCGAGCACCGAUGAAUCAACAAGAUCAAAUGGAUUUCGUCACAACGGAAGCAGGCGAAAAAGCAAGCCCCAUCGAGCUGCUGAAGCGGGCGUGAACUGCAGGUAAAACAACCUUAGUGAAUGAGGCAUAGAGAUGUCGUGAUAGAUUACCAUAUUUGCUGCGUAUUGUUAUCUCUAAAGAACUGUUGAAUUCAGUAUGAUCCACUGUGCUUGUUUUAUUAUUCUUUCUCUCUUCACCAUAUGUUCUUAACAUUACAACAGAAUGUUCUAACUAAGAAUGAAAUGGAUCAGCAUUCUUUACAAUGAUA